AUGAAAUCCUCAACAGGAUCAGACGCGUUUGCAUUGUUGGCCCUUGCAUUCAUCUCUAUAUUUGUCCUCCUGCUCCUCCGCCAUUUCCUGCCUCUCCGAACAACGCCGGCCUACCUCAUCCUUCCCAUCUUCCUAUCUCUCGCCCUCCCAAUCAGCAUCAUACUCCUUGUCCCCAUAGACCUCGCAUCGAGCUCCAGACCAGAUGAAGAGGCAUUGAGGGGAAUAUGGUUGCCCGAAGGUGUCAUGCUUGUGGCAUGGCGAAUGACCUAUUGGCUGACCUUUGCUCUUACUUGGGUCAUCCUGCCACUCCUCGGUGAAUAUACAGACUCCGGGUACCGUACUCCAAAGGACCGCAUCUUCUACUCUCUCAGAUCCAAUGCGCGAUAUCAGCUCAUCGUCAUAGCCUGCGCAGCAGCAGCAGGUAUAUACGUCUUUCUACAGAAUGGGUUCGCAGGAGGCUCGGUCAAGUCAUUGGUCAUGGCCUUGGCCUACUGCUGGGGCUUGAUCAUGGCAAUAUACUUGAUGGGUCACGGCUUGGUCGCUGUACCCCGGAGACUGUUCCGCAAUGCAAAUGUCGCGGGGAGGUUGAAAAGAAUACAAAGCCAUGCCCCCAAGGUCAAUGAUCGCUUAUCGGAUGCAACAACAGAACUCGAAGAAUUGGAGGCUCAGCUCACCCAGCUCCGGAAACGAAAGAAUGCUGUUUCGAGAGACCAUGAGGAAUGGAUUGAAGAUAUAUCCGAUGCUUCGAGUUUGCCCAAUUCCCGUAUCGCAAGCACUGCAGCCCGUGUGCCCGCACCCGCCCUACCUGCAGUAAUUACUGACCGCUAUCUUGCUGAGCUAACCAGGAAGUUAACUCGUGCUCGUCAUAAACGUGCUCGCUUUGUAGAGGCUUGGGACCGCCUUAUACAGGAAGCAGUGGAUACUCAGGCAAUCGUUGACGCCGGUGCCUCGAGAAAAUUAGACUUCGGAAAAGCCUCACCACAUUCCUCAUGGUCAGAGCGUUUGAACUUCUUGACGCCGUACACCCGCUACUUGCUCUACUCGCAAGUGGUACCUGCCGUCAGGAUCGCCCAUGGAGCCGUCUUUUCGCUGGCUUCCGUGUGCAUUGUUUGGUCCGAGCUGGUCAAAUACGUGGCUCCAAAGCUCUCAAUCAUCAGUCUCACCAUACUUUCGCAUAGCAAAGCGCACGCAAAUGAAGUUGGCUUUGGAGGUCAGGUCAUUGCUUCGCUAUGGCUACUCUAUAUGUCCAUGGCCACACUCGCAAGCUUUGACGAUGUGAAGAUCUGGGGCAACCGCGCCCUCGUACGGAGAAACACGUACGGAGAAAGCGCUACAUGGUAUUCCGGGCAGAUAGCGAAGCUCACGGUACCGCUAGCUUACAACUUCUUGACCUUCUUUCCACGAGAUGUUCACCGAGAGACCAUCUUCUAUCACUUUCUAGGUCGAUUGAUCAACCUUACGCCUCUUGGGGCCGGGUUCGACUACUUCUUCCCGAUUUUCAUCUUAGUACCCGUUUGUGCCACGCUAUUCAAUCUCUAUGGCCGCGUGAAGAACGUCCUUGGCUUUGGCAUACUCGGGGAUGACGACGAGGGAAACCCAUCUGCAUUUGGCACCGGCGGAUGGAGAGAGGGCAAAGAACUCAUCGAUCGAGAAUUAGAGGGCGCCUCGCGACUUGGUCUAUCAGGCCACUUGGACGGCCCUUCCUCGCCAUUACCUUCUGGGACACAGAGCCCAAUAAGGGCAGGGCCUCAACCAAAUCAUGCUCUCACAAGUCAAAGCGCUCGGCCCAGCGUUCCCAGACAAUCGACCUUUCAACAGCGGCAAGCUCAAAGGCUCGCAGAUGCAACGGCAGCCGCAGAAGAAGAGGAUGAGAAUGUAUUCCAAGGUUUCGCCCACCGAGUGAAGAAUACCAUCGACAGCGUCGAAAGACCUGACUGGCUGAGCGACCUGGGUAAACGGCCAAAGUGGAUGGGAAGAGCAGAUGGGAGUACCGAAGGAAGUGGGAGAGCUGAUUCCGGUAGGGGCAUGGGGAGAUGGUUUGGCGGAAGGCCUGCUGAUGGCCGAGUGCGGCUUUGA